CGCUUCACAUAUGCCGACGACGAGAGAGGCGCGGGGCGCGGGGCGCGGGCUAGCGGCCCGUUGCGCGUGCGCCGCGAUUCACCGGUCACUCAGCGAGCGACAGCCAACUAGGCGGACACUUUAUCGUCCUUGCGUGCAAUUUGAAUACGCGAAUAAAUUAUUAUAAUACAGUCCAAGUCUUAUUACACCGAAGUCCCGUUAGGGCUCCUUCAGUUUCUGGUCCUUCGAAGCGAAAAACCUGCAUACUUCCGUCGCAUUACAAAUGCAACGCAACGGUCAUUGACGUCGCGUGGUUUACAUUGACCGCGCCCAAGGCAAAGGACAAGAAGUCGUCUCCGUCAUCUACGUGGCAGCCUUUGUCGUCUGAAGAAGCUGAUGUCAGGGAGUAUAAUUCUGUAUUUGAGUGAGUCCAUCCAAUUACUUAUUUCCAACUUUCCCUAUUGAAAACUUCUUUUUGCUGAAAUUUUUAUUUUUUAAAUAUUUCUCCAUAAUUAAUCUUCUAGUUAUUCAAGUAAUAUGUUGCUUAAUUACUUCAUUGAUGCAUUAUUUAAUUAUUUCAUAACAAAAAGUACGCACGCACUUGACACGUGUUAACCUUGAAACCGGUCAAGUCUUAUCGCUUUGAAUAGAACCCGUUCGUCUACGCAAACAGGUGCUGCAUUUUUUAUAUCCAUUCAUUACGAUUCCUUUGUUUAAUUUUAUUUUUUAUGACUCUUUUUUUGUUUCACAUUGCAACAUAAAAACUUUAAGAUGUCUGAUAAUUUAAAAACCCUUAUUAAAAAACGUAGUUCAAUAAAGUCUAAAUUAACAAUAUUUAAUAAUUAUUUAAUGUUAAUAAAAAGCAGUCCCGAAUUAUCAGAGUUACAACGUCUUGACCUCAUGGAACGUUUUCGUAAAUUUGAAAAUUUAUAUAAUGAAUUUGAUGACCUGCAGAAUACGAUUGAACUACUUUUCGAGGAUGCCGAGUCUACGUUUACUGAGCGUGAGGACUUCGACCGUCAGUAUUUCAAUCUGGUGGCACUCACGCGCAGCCUGCUCGGUGCUUCGUCCAACGGUACUGGAUCUGAGGCGGGCUUCAAAGAUGCUGACUCAGAUAAAACUACUCAAAUACCAAAAAAAUCUAAUAAUAAUUUUAAUAAAUGUCCGCUUUGCUCCCAAGCACAUGCUUUAUACAAAUGUGAUUCAUUUCGAAGUUUAUCUAUUGAAAGUCGCAUACAAAAGGCAAAUGAUUAUAAUGUUUGUCUUAAUUGCUUACGGUUAGGCCAUUCUGCUAAGCAAUGCAAACUAUCACAUUGCAAAUAUUGUAAAAUAAAACAUAAUACGCUUUUGCAUUUAAAUUCGAAUGACUUCAAAACUGUCAAUUCAUUGCUUUCUUCUUUGCACCUUGCUACGUCAAAUGUUGCACUUCCGGCCAAUUGCUUGCAGCUUGCUACUUCUGCGCAUGUAUUACUGUCCACAGCUCUGGUGAACGUGAUCGGCGCGUCGGGUAAAAAGUACACUGCACGUCUACUGCUGGACAACGGUAGCACGGCCAACUUUGUUACGCAGACAUUCUUCGAGAAACUGGGUUUGUUACGACGCGGUACUAGCACCAGGGUAACAGGCCAAAUCCAAAUGGUUUAGUUCCAGAGGGGAGGUGAAACCAGGGUCUUUAGUCCUAAUCAAGGACAAAACAACACCACCGCUGCUCUGGUCCCUGGGUCGGGUCACACAGACCUUUCCCGGCGUAGACGGAGUCACGCGGGUGGCAGAAAUCAAAACGAAGAGAGGAACAAUUCGUCGCGCUUUCAAUAACAUCUGCCCCCUUCCUGAUCAAGAUUGAAGAGCACUCUUCAACCCGGGGAGUAUGUCGGCGCUUCACAUAUGCCGACGACGAGAGAGGCGCGGGGCGCGGGGCGCGGGCUAGCGGCCCGUUGCGCGUGCGCCGCGAUUCACCGGUCACUCAGCGAGCGACAGCCAACUAGGCGGACACUUUAUCGUCCUUGCGUGCAAUUUGAAUACGCGAAUAAAUUAUUAUAAUACA